AUGUAAUAAUAAGAAAUAAUUGAGAGCUCUUAUAUGGAUAGGUACAAAAUGUUAAAAUUGAGAAAAACCUUCCUAUAUUUAUAUUUAGUUACUAGGAGGAUCUCUAAAAUCAUAGUGAGAUCAAGAUUAUAUUAAUAUAUCUUGACUUUAGUAACAUUGAGUAACAUUGUAAUUUUUGUAUUUGAGCAUAUGUACGAUAAAGAUAAUCGAUUUGCAGAAUUUGAUAUUACGUUUUUCUGGUUUUACGUAGUUGAUAUAGUAUUAUAACUUUUAGCUUUUGGACUGUUUCGUACGAAAUUCAUCUUUAUUUCAAGAGUAAUUGAUGCAUCUUUAAUCAUUCUAUAUUACUAUCAUCUGAUGUAUUUUUCAGCUGUAUUAGAUAUCACUCCGUUAAGAAUGACAAGAUUGCUGAAACAUCUAGGAUUCAUUUUUGCAGGUAAAUUACAUUUAGUAUACCAAGGAUUAUAAAAAAUGAUAGACGCAUUAAUAGAAUCAUUAAAAUUUAUGUUAGAAUCAACGGCAAUUGUUAUAUUAUUUGUUCUAUUUUUUGCAUCUUUAGGAACAUCAUUGUUUAUGGGUUUGUUUAAUGAAAGAUGCUUACCAUCAGAUGAAUCAGACUGGAUAUAAUGUAGACAAGGUCAUUGUCCAGAUGGAACUACUUGUCAAGCAACAAAUCAUUCCUAUAAUAUUCCAACAAACUUUAAUAACAUUAUCUAUUCAUUUGUUCUUAUUUUGAAAACUGUAACAAUGGAUGAUUGGAGUUGGGUUAUGCAAUAUACAAUUAGAGCAUUCCAUCCUAUUGUUUGGAUUUAUUAUGUGCUAAUAAUAUUUGUUGGAGGCUUUUUCGGAUUUAAUCUUCCCAUUGCAGUAUUCAAGAUUCAUUUUAGUGAAAUGUAAUUUAGAUAGAUAGUAAAACCAGAUAAAAAGGAGAAGUUUAUUAGCUAAUCGAAUUUGAAGAGAAUAGGACUGUAUGAUUUCAUAAAAUAAAUGAAUACUUUCCUAUUUUCAAACUCAAAUGAUAUCUUGAUAAAUGAACCUCUGAUUAAUGGAGUACAACAAUAUAGUGGUGGGCAGCUUCGACCUUUAUUAGGAAGUAUGAUCAAUGAGAAUAGAAUAGACAUAAGUAAUUUUACACAAAUAAAGAAUUAAAUUAAGAACUUUUCUUUGAAAUUGCUACUUCUACCCAAAUUUUAAAUUAUAUAGAAAUAUUUUCUGAACUUGGAUAUUAAGAUAUUUAGUUCAAAUCCUAAAAUUUAAGAAACAAUUAAGAAAUUUAGUAGAUCCUCAUUUUUACUGGAAAAAUAUAUAGAUUAUAAAUACAAUUAUGUAUAGACAAGCCAUUUGGAUGUUUUAAGGAAAUCUCUUUUUCAAGUUUUAAGAAAAACACCAUUUUAAAAUUCUAAAAGAUUGAAAAAGAAGACCUUAUACUACAAACCGAUUUAAAAGAAAAAAUAGCUAGUUUAAAGUCAAUAUAGAAAAUCUAGUAAAUUAGAAGAGAUAGAGACUUCUCCUUCAAAUGUCUAGAAAUCUCUAGCUUAAUUGCCAAUGAAGACUUCAAAUAGAAUGAAAAAGGAGAAUGAAAACAAAUCGGAGAUACAUGGCAAAAAAUAAAGUUCAGAUUCCUGUUCUUAAAACAAUAGAGAAAUUCAUAUAAAAGAAGAUGUUGAAAAAUAACGAAGAAUGUUUCCUUAUUUCAUGAGAGGAUACUCAGUUAUUCCUGAAUAUUCUCUAGGCUAACCAUUUACAAUAAAUGAUUAGGGUUAGUUAAAAGUGCUAAUAAAUGGAACAUAUUUAGAUUAUGUUGAGGCAGUGAAAAGAAUCAAUGCAAAUUUUAAUUUUAAACAGCAAAAGGAACCCAGGUGUUAAGAGGAAUACAAAAAGCUAGUGAGAAAAGAGAUUAAGAAAAAAUACAUAAAAUCGAAAAUUUGGUCUGGCAACAAUGUUUUGAAAAACAAUUAAAUUGUAAUUAAAAAAUUUGAUGAUAUUUUUCAACAAUUAAAUGAAAGAAACAUUCAAAUUUGGUAGAUAUCCUUAAGUGGAAUUUUUAUAACUUUACAGAAAUACUCAUUUAAAAUAAUGCAUUUCAAACUAACUAAAUUAUUUUUUGAUUUAACAAUUCUUAUUAAUACAUUUUUUUUGGCUUCAUAGGGUAUAAUCAAGAGAAAGAUAAUUAGUCAAGUAGAAGAUAUUGCCACUAUAUUAUUAUCUAUUGAAAUUAUAUUUUAGUUGAUAGUGCAUAAACCAAGAAGAAUAGCCAAAAAUAAAUAUUUUGUAAUAGAACUACUUGUUGUUAUUUUAGGUGUGAUUGAAUUUGGGUUUAGUGACUACUUGAAUCUAAGCGAAUAAUACUUAAAAUUGAUGAGAUCUACAAAGUGUCUAUUAUUCUAUAGAUGCAUAGCUUAUAUCUAGAUGGCUAGAAUAAUUGGGGCAAUUGCAUAAAUUACUUACAAAUCCUAUAUUUACUUGGCAUUUUUGAUGUUCUUUAUGAUUUUGACAUUUGGUUUGAUUGGAAUGGAGUUGUAUGGUAACAAAUUGGAUAAGUACCAUGAAAAUGGUUACAUGCAUUCAUUCGAUGAUCCAAUAAUAGCAUUUAUGACUGUAUUUAAUAUAAUGACAAAUGAUGAUUGGUUUGGAGUUUAUAAAGUUGGGACAGAAGUGCAGACAGAAUUAUCGAUCACUUACUCUAUAGCAUUAGUGUUUACACUUAACUAUUUUAUAUUUGGCAUCAUGAUGGCAAUAUUAUUGGAUGGAUUUAGUCAAUACUUAGAAAGAGAAUCUACAAACGAACAGAAUGAAUUUAUGAUAGAAAAGAUCAAAUAAAAAAAUAAAUUAAACAAAAAAUUAGAUUCAGAACUUUCGGAAAAUGAUUCAGAAUCCGAAUCUGAUUCAAACUCCUCUUCUUCAUCUGUUAAAUAAUAUUAAUAUUAACCACAAUUUCUCAAUAAGAGAUUAUAGGAAAGCGAAUCCAACGACAAUGUUCAAGCAUCUGCAAACAAUAUUUUAGUAUAAAUCAAAAGAGAUAACUAUUUUGAUUAGUAACUAUUUCAUUCAGCUAUAACUAAAAGAUUCGACCCAAAUGAUGAAGAGAGAAAGAAAAUCAAAGAGGAUUUCAGUAGGUUAAAGAGCAAAACUAAUAUGCAUAGAUUGAAAAGUUCAGAAUCAAAAACUAUAAAAUAUCUAAAAGAGAAGGUUGAACAAAUCUCCAAAAAAAUGUUUAAACAUAAUUUAAAGAUGUACUAAGGAGUUGAUUGCGUUUAAUCCUUCUAUUAUUUUAGUAAAUCAAAUUCUUUGAGAUAGUUCUUCUAUAGAAUUAGUUUGAGCAACUAUACAAAAUAUUUUAUUGAUUUAACAUUAUUCCUCACUACUAUUUAUUUAACACUCCCAUAAGAUAUUUAGCAACAACCAUAGUUUGUUACUGCAUUAUUUAUUUUGAAUUCAGUAAUUUUUAUUGAAUUUGUAAUCAAAUCAAUCGCUUUUGGAGCAUUCAUGGAUAAUGGAUCAUACCUCAACUAUACUUGGAAGGUGGUUGAUUUGGUGUACAUAUUGGUUUAUUAUAUUGAAAUAUUCUAGAUUGUUCAUCUUCCUAUUUUUAUGGUGAUAGAGACUUUUCUAUUUUUUAGACCUUUGAAAUUACUUUAUAGGAUAAAAUGGGUGGUCAGAGUAAGGGCUGCUAUAACUUAAUCAUUAUUUGAUAUCAUCAACGUAUUCGUAGUAUUACUUCUUGUAUGGUUGAUGUUCGCUGUAUUUUCGAUGAUGCUGUUUUCAGAUAAAAUGGGAUUUUGUGAGGAAUAAACCAAUUAUGAUGUUGGUUAGGGUGAGUGUACAAGAUUAGGAAAAGAAUGGAGAGUUUAUAAACAUAAUUUUGAUAAUAUUACUACUGCAAUGCCUACUUUGUUCAUUAUUUCAACUUUUGAUGGAUGGAGUUCAAUUUUAUGGGUGUCUUAGAAUAGCAGAAUGGCUUCAGAUGGUCCGCAACUGUAUUUCAGCUAAAUUCCAGCAUAUCUUUUUUAUUUUGCAUUUUGUACAAUUGGAGCCAUGUUUUUCUUACAGUUAUUUACGGGUGUAUUAUUUAUCAAUUUAAAAGCUAAUUCUAAGCAAAUUGAAAACCAAUAAUUAACUUAGGCUCAAUUGGAUUAUAUAUAGGUGUCAGAAAUCAUUCUACGCGAUCAUCCUAUCAGAGCUUAAAUUCCUAAAUCUUAAUUUAGAAGGUUAUUAAAUAUUCUCGUCAUGAACAAAUAUUUUGAUGCAUUCAUAUUUUGUGUUCUGCUAGUGAAUUGCAUUGCUAUAAUGAUGAUUCAUCAUACAGGUGAGCAUGAUUUUAAUGAUUAAAUAAAUACAAUUCAUCACAUUUGUUCUUCGGUUUUUGCUGGCUAAUUGCUGCUUCAAUGUUUGAUUUUGGGGAUCAAUAGAUUCAAAGAUAAUUUAUGGAGACUGUAUACUUCCUUUGUAAUUGUUUUGGGGGUUGUAGACUUGAUUCUUGACUACGAAUACAAUUGGUUUCACCACUAUUAAUUGUUAAGAGUUUUGUACACUCUUAGAAAUUUAAGAGUUAUCAUCAUAUUUCAAAAAAUGUAGAAUCUCUAAAGAUUGGUAAGAAUUCUUUUCAUACUUCUCUUAAUAAUGAUUGUAUAUGCAUUUUAUGGAAUUAUGUUAUAUGGAAACAUAGACAAGGGAGAGGUAAUUAAUGAUUUGAUUAACUUUUCAAACUUUUGGUCAGCCAUGUUGACCCUCUUCAAAUGUGUUAGUGGUGAUGACUUUCGUUCCAUAAUGAAUGAUUGUAUGCAUCACAACCCCUAUUGUUCAGAAGACCCUAAAUAUUGUGGUUCACCCUAUGCCCAAAUCUAUUUUAUCUCUUUUAUGCUGAUAUCUAAUUACACAUUUUUGAAUUUAUUUAUUUUGGCCAUGAUUGAGCAAUUUGAAUUCUUUUUCAACAAUUAAGACUCCGUCCUUUAAACAUACGUAGAAAAUAUUGAUUCUUUUAGAAAGGCAUGGUUCAAGUUUUCUAGUUAAAAUGGGCAGGUGUUGAGUAUUAGAUAUUUGCCUCAUUUAUUGAUUGAAAUUAAAGAACCUCUAGGAUGUAAACCCUAUGAUAAUUUGUGGGAUGCUGCUAAACUAAGUUUACAAUUCAAUCUGUUUUGCGAUAUGCAAGAUAACAUAUCCUACAAUCAAUUAUUAUAUGAGAUUUUCUAUCAUAGAUAUGAGCAACAAAUCUUUGAGUAAUGCUCUGUAAUGGCUGCAAGAAAGAUGAAUUAAUUUCAUAAGACAGUUCAAUUUAGAUUAGCCUAUUAUAGAAGAGGCGGAUUAAGACAGAGAAGGACUAACAUUGGACCAUAACUUAGAUUAGAUGGAAAUGGCAACAUUUUGCAUAUUCUAUUGAUAACAUUAAUUACUUUCAAAUUGUGGAAGUCUUACGCUCGUUAAAUAAUUGGCAACAUCAUCACUUAAUAACAACAUUUUUCACAACGUACAGUUAGGGAUACUGAACCAAUCAAACAUUCAGUAACACAGAAAAGCAUCGAUAGUUAGGAAUCUAAAAUAUAAUUGAAUGACAAUCCUCCUAUAUAUUAAAAAAGAGGGUUAGGGAGAAAUAAGAGAGUUCAAUUAUAAGGUUAGGUAAAUGAUUAUUUGGCAGGAGAUUAUAUUAAUCCUAAGCCUGCAUUGUAUAAAACUAGUAGUUCUGGAAUUGAAGAGGGCGAUGUUUAGAAGAUUUAUCAUUCGCACAGAAUUUAAAAGAUGAAAUGA